AUGUCGUUUGUCGAAAGAUUGUUCUCAAAUAAGUGGGGUGCUUGCUUAGGAUUCCAGAUAUGCAUUAUUUUCAUUACAGCAUCUGGGGCAAUACUAUCAUAUAAGCAGGAAAAGUAUGGAGACGGAUUACCAAUUUUUUCAAUUGGUACAGGAUACGUUUUUGCAUGGAUAGUCCUUGUUUGGAUGUGGCCUAAGGGUAAAGGCAAAUGGUGGAAUAUCCUUUUCGUAACCUUAUUUAUAGUUCCAGGAGAUUGCUGCGGGUGCAUUGCAUAUAGCCAAACAUCACUUGCAUCUGCAAUGCUUAUCAUCACAACAGUAAUAUUUCGGGCUGCUCCUCUUGCAUAUAUCUUUUUCAAGAGGAAAAUCAAUUGGAUCCAGUUUUUAUCAAUGCUUUUGGGUAUGGGUGGUGUUUCGAUGGUCAUGGUAGCUCAAGGAACAAAAGGUAGUAAGCUGAAAGGCAAUUUGUUCGCACUAGGCGCAUCACUUUUAUAUUCAUUUGGAACAAUGUUUCAAGAAAAAUGUUCUAAAGAGUAUGGACCGAUAUUAUAUACAUGCAGAUUCACAUCAUUGGCCAUCCCGUUCACAUUCGCUCUGAGUGCUGGCUUAGAACGUAAUGCAAUUAAAAAUUAUCAUUGGGAUACAACGGCAAUUGCUUUACAAGUUGCUUAUUCCGUUGCAAUAGGAACAAAUUACAUAGUCAUGGCAUUUAUAUUGAAAUAUUCAGAUGCGACCGUCAUGAAUUUGAACAAUUUAACUGGUAAUUUCUAUUCAUUAGCUGUUGAUAUAUUUUUCUUCGGAAGACCUUUUAAUUGGCUCUAUCUUCUUGGAUUUUUCUGUAUUCCAAUUGCGGUUAUCAUUUUCCUUCUUUGUGAAUCAAAACCUAAAAAAGAUGAGAUUCCGGAUGAUCGACCUCUAAUUUCUGCAUAUGAAAGCACAGAAUCAGCACUAGAUGAGUCAUCAGCUCAGAAGUAA